AAACAAAUCCCUCAGCAGAGGAGAUUAUCUAUCUAUCCUUUACAUGUGCUCCCUGGAAUCCAUUCUGCUUUUUCUGCUCCUUCGUUUGAGCAAUUCUCUAACCUGCCAGAGGGGGGCAGCAGUAGCAGCAGCUGCUCAACCGCAGAAGUAAACAGAGCCCCCCACUCCUUCAGGGGAGGAAAAUCUUGAGAGGGGGGAGGUGGGAGGGUCUCCUGUCUGACUCUUUAUCAUGACAAGACUUUGCUCUGCUGUUUGAUGCAGGAGCCAUGGAGGAGAACUUCAACUGUAGCGGAGAACUCCUCAGCAUGUGAGCGCGGACUCCACGCGGAGCAGUCCCAGCUGAACCCUGCCUCCUGAGCUCAGAUCCAACAGACAAGGGGGCUUACUGUGAUGAACAGUAUGUUUCCUCAGAGGGGUGUCACCACAAUGGGCUACACAUCAGAUUGUGUAAAGAUCGAGCACAGCGGCAGUGGCUCAGCAGGUGGGACUUUGCUGAGGGGUUCCCGCUCCAAAGCAGAGCUUCAGGAGCUCAUGGAGACUCUGCAGCGCAGAAAGAGUGCCCUGGAGGCCAGCCUCAGGGCUGCAGAGUGCAGCCGCAAGUACCUCAGUGUGCCUCCUCCUGGUGGAGCCCAGCCCAACAGGCCGUUGUCCGUCCUCAGCACUGCAGAGCGCCCCCCACCCGCCUUGAGAAACUUCUCUUACAUCACCAGCAGCAGCGUGCCUCCAUCGCCGCGUCAAAGCGAGCGUUUGCUUAACUCAAACGGCUCGCUUCGUCAUCCCCAAACCCGACAUCAGUCUCAGGACAGCCUUCUGCUCCCCAACUCAGAAGAAGGGGGCUCUACGCUGUCUGCAUAUGGGGAAGCUGUGCUUCGCUCACCCAGGGCCAGAAGUGGAGCAGCCAGUAUGCCCUCUAGUCCUCGAAUAGGACGCAGGGUCUACUCCCAAGGCAAAGCUGGAGUUGAUACCAGGCAGAGGAAAUACUCCACUGGGUCUCUCAACAGUUUGGGGAAGCACAGUCGUUCUUUACCACGCCUUCACAAUGGAGCAGACCCCCCUCUUCUAUCGCUGCCUUCUCGUCACAUAGCAGGAUCUCACAGGGGGGCAGCCUCAGCGGGACAAAGACGCAGUCUUUCAUCCUUAGAGCAGCCUCCAGAUGUGACAGUACCAGCCAGUAUGCCCAACACACCCAGGAGGUCCAGUCUUACUUCUCUGAGCUCACUUGGUGUGGAGCUUGAUGGAACAGGCUUAGAUAUCCCAAUUGGAGAGAGACGAUUGUCCUUUGGAAAGAGCUUCUUAAGUCCAGGACAUAGAGUGGGCAGUAUCAGCUCACUGAAUGGCAAAGAGGAAUUGAAAGAUUACCACCAGCACCAGAGAGAUGAGCGGCUCCGGGAGCAGAAAGUGCAGAGAUUGGAAUGCCAGCGACUAGAAACCAUCCUAAACCUGUGCACUGAGUUGGGUCAAGUGCCCAGAGAGCCAACCGGCUCUUCAGUUUCCGACCUGCAGAAGAUCAACAAGGAGCUGGAGAAGCUGCAGGUGUCCGACGAUGAGUCUGUGUUUUCCGAUUCUCCCAGCAGCUCUGCUCCAGAACGCCAGCAGAGCAGCCACAGAGACGCCAGGUCCCGCUCACCCGCCACCAGCCUGGGUAGCAGCGCCCCUUCUCCAUCCGCACACCACAGAACCAAAGCGCUGGAGAGCGUGCAGCUGAAACAAGAGGUCACUCAUAUAGAGGAGGAAAGGAUUCAAGUUCUGAACAACAUAGAAGAGCUGGAGCAAAAGAUCAAAGACUUGGACAACCAGAUCGAAGAGUCUCUUCGAGAGGUGGAGGUGGAGUGUGCUCUGCUGGAUGGAGAACAGGAGUCUGAGAUGGCUCAGCUUCAGAGGGAGAAAGAGCUCCUGGAAGAAUUGAAGGGGAAAGAAAGUAACACUGAAAAGACAGAUGACACAGAGACAUCUCAGGAAAGAGAGAAGCAAUCACAAAGUCCAGAGGAUUUAGAGUUUCAAAGGUUGGAAAGUGAAACUAAGCAGGACGAGGAAAUAGAGAAUCAAAGCCAGGAGCUGAUGCGAGAGAUCGCCGACUGUCAGCGUCUUGUUGUCACUCGUAAGGAACGAAUCCUGACUUUGAAGAAACAGUCCUCACAGAUUACUUUGCAGGCUCAGCAAGAAAGAGAGAAUUUCCAUAGAGAAAAAAACAACCUGCUCAUCAUGCUUCAGAAGGAAAGAGAAAAGCUGUCAUCUUUAGAAGGGAAGUAUGCAGAGUUGUCUGAAGGACAACCCUUCACCAGCAAUCCAGUCACCAUCAAAGAGCACCUACACUCGCUGAAGGAAAGGAGAAGAAGCUGCAAAGAAAGCUCCCCCCACCCUACUGAGAGUGUACCUCUUAGAAGGAGCCAGCAGCUCCUCAGCUCCUAUGGCAGAACCAUCGGACGUUCACUUCCUUCCAAGGCUCACCUUCCUCUAUCCCAAAGCUCCAGUUGUGGCAGCGUCCUACCACAAAACUUCAGCUUUUCCCCUCGGGAAGUAAACACUCGCAGGUUGGCCAAGACAGGCAACGGCCAUGAAGACAGGCAAAGACAAAGUGAUUUUUGCUCCAGGAUGGUGUCCGAAUCCUUCUUGGACUCCUUUUCCUACCCAGACAACAGUCAGGCUUUAGACACAAUGAGCGUAGACAGCUCUGACAGCCUGGAGACCAGCUUCUCCGCCUGCUCCCCCGACAACAUUUCCAGUGCCAGCACAUCCAACAUGGCAAAGAUUGAGGAGAUGGAGCGAUUGCUGCGAGAAGCUCAAGCUGAGAAGCAGAGACUCCUCGAGCAUCGGGAACGGGAGAUGGAGGUUCGCAGGCAGGCUCUGGAGGAGGAGCGGAGACGACGAGAGGACCUGGAAAAACGACUACAGGAGGAGACUUGCAGGAGACAGAAACUUGUGGAACGGGAGGUGAAGCUCAGGGAGAAACAGAGAUCACAGUCACGACUCUUGACUCGCUACCUCCCUGUAAGAAAAGAUGACUUUGAUCUUUAUGGCCAUAUUGAAGGAGCUGGCCACAACCCAAACGCCUGCUUUCAUUUGGCCAUCACAGAUAAAACCUGUCGUGGAUUCUUAGUCAAGAUGGGCGGAAAAAUCAAAACAUGGAAGAAACGUUGGUUUGUGUUCGACCAUAACCGCAGGACUCUCACGUAUUAUGCAGACAAACAUGAGACCAAGAUGAAAGGGGUCAUUUACUUCCAAGCCAUAGAGGAGGUGUACUAUGACCAUUUAAAGAACGCACACAAAAGCCCCAAUCCCUCACUGACCUUCAGUGUGAAGACCCACGAUCGGGUGUACUACAUGGUGGCUCCGUCUCCUGAGGCCAUGCGUAUCUGGAUGGAUGUUAUUGUAACGGGUGCUGAAGGACACAUGCAUUUCAUGGUGUGACACUUUAUUUGGUUAACAUUGAGCCCAAUGGGAAAACUUGCGGCUAUCUGUUUCUAUCGAGGUUGAUGCCACGCAGAGUUGAGAUGGAUCUAUAUCAGGUUAACUAAGCAAUGAAAAUACUUGAGAAGAUCUGCCAUGUUAGCCUUAAAGACCCACUCUGAUCAUCUUUUGAUCUACUUUAAAAGUCUUCCCAGUGGUAUUUUAAUUAUGAUUAUGCCAGUUUUAGUCAAAAUUACAAAAUAAAAGCUCGUUUUCUGAAACAUAAUCACUGCAGAGCGGCAGGAGUUCAUUAGAAAUUCACCUCUGAGUUGUGAAUAGGACUGUUGGCGACCCCCGCUCCUCCUUCCCCAUUACUGAGAGUUCAGAGCAGGGAGCUUGUGGUCGGCCCAGUGUAAUUUCUACGUCCCAAAUACAAAACUUUUUAGACUGCAUUUUUUUUGCCUGCUCCUGGUUCACAACGAUUUGAAUAAAACAAUACUCUGAAAUGCAACUUUCUGCCUAAUUGUUUUCAUGUAUGCCUUCCAUCAUGAGAAAAUGCCACAAGAACAUAAAAACGCCCAAAACACAAUUUUCAUCAGAGUGGAUCUUUAAGCUAUUUCCUUUUUCCUUCUUAGAUUUUUGAUCAUCACAUUUUUUUUCUUCCAUUUUGCUAACAACAUAUCAGGUACUCUUUAAAAUGUCUCAGAACAUAUGCAGCACAUGUUUAUUUUUGCCUUUUCUACACAGUAUCAUGCUCCAAAAGUUACUUUUCUACUUCUACCUCUGUUUGGGCUUUUCAGUAUAAAAUUUGGAUCCAAUUUUGUGUUUCAAAUGCUCCUCUCUAUUAGAACAUGCAGAAACACAGAUUUAUUAUUAUUUUUUUGUUUUCUUAUACAGAUGAAGCCAUUAUUUUGUUAUGCUUGUACUCUUCUUUCUCUAAUUGCUGCUUUCAUACAACCAAUAUAAGCUGAUUUUGUCUGCUUAGCCUAUAGCAGGAUUGAAUGUGUCUUAUAGAAAUAGAUUUUAAACCAAAAACCUAUGCAUGUCAGUUGCUACAAACAGUGUUAUGUUUUAUCAUUAUUUUUUACUUGUAUUUUUCUGAAAUGAAUCACUGCCCAAACAGCAGUGACUCUGUGUUGCACAGCUUCCUCUGUGCAGUGGGCUCCCUCUGUCUGCAGAGCCCUGUCAGGAUGCGUUGCGCAGCAUUGAAGUUGUAUUUACUGCGUCGUCAUCCUGUUCUGUUUCACCAGCAGAGGUCCUCAGCGCACAGUCUUUGCACCAGAAUGACGUAAUGGUCAGGCUCUAGACACAAAUGCUCAGAAUCUGAGAUAAUUAGGCCUCCUUUAUUUGUCUGCUACCAUCAAGUAUUCCUUUGAGAGCAUUUGAUGCUUUUGAAAGCAUCGUUAAAAUGCAUGCACGCAUUUGACCUGCAUGUGUUUGGACUGUUGCAACAUCAACAACAGGCAUUUUUUCUGAUAACAGCCGAGUAGUUGAUGGUUUGCAAGGGGUGAAUGUUGGGAUCUCCUGCAGUGCAUUCAUCAGCGCUGCAUCUCACAAACACUAUUAAAGAAAAAUGGUAUUUUAGUACAUGUUAUAUUCUAUAUUUGUAUAAAAUAACAAUGAUUCUGCUUUAGGUUUUUAUACUCAACCUGUGUCAAAAAUAAAUAACUGGUUCUGAAUCACUUUCCUAA